AUGUAUCGCCGAAUAAUCUUCUUCGUGGCGCUGUUCACGCUGAGCAGCGCCCUAAUCCGCUUCCAAUGCUCGCAACUGGUAGUCCAAAGACUCGACCCAUUGGUGAACCCUGGGCAGGUCCCGUCAGCGCAUGUUCACCAGAUCGUCGGAGGUAAUGCUUUCAAUGCCUCCAUGGAUCCCGCCAGAGACCUGCCGACCGAAUCGACUUGUACCACUUGUUCCUUCAGUGAGGACUUUUCUAACUACUGGACGGCGGUGUUGUACUUCCGCGCACGUAACGGGACGUUCAAACGCGUCCCGCAGACAUCACAGAUCAGUGGUGCUCAGGCCGGCAUCACCGUCUACUAUAUGCAGGAUGCACUCUACGACACGGCCCAGAAGUCGAAGGUCACGUCGUUCAAGCCAGGCUUCCGCAUGUUUAUCGGUGAUGUCAACGCACGCACCAGGGAGCAAGUUCUCAAAUUCCGACAGCUGACCUACACUUGCAUGGAGAACUCAGGAACACGAGAACCUGAGACACUUAACAUGCCGACCAAGCCCUGUCCCGCCGGUAUCAUGGUAAACGCACGGUUCCCCACAUGCUGGGACGGAAAGAACCUCGACUCUCCGGACCACAUGGCUCACAUGGCGUAUCCCGAGAGCGGCACCUUUGAGAGCAACGGGCCGUGUCCAGCCAGCCACCCCGUGCGCAUGGCGCAGGUUCUCUUCGAGGUCGUCUGGGAUACCCGCCAGUUCAACAACAAGGCCGACUGGCCGGCAGACGGCAGCCAGCCUUUCGUGUGGUCGUUUGGAGAUGCCACAGGGUAUGGAAAUCAUGCCGAUUACGUCUUUGGCUGGAAAGGCGACGCCCUGCAAAAGAUCCUGGAUACACCCUGCGUGGUGAACUGUGCUGGGGCGAAAAGCCAGUCCACCUCUGCUAUGAAUCAAUGCAAGCAGGCGGCCGUAGUGAACGAAAACAUUGACGGAUGGCUCACCGAGCUCCCCGGUGGCCACCAAGUUCAAUACGGACCACAGUAG